AUGCCAACGACAAAAAUCAGAAAAAAGAAUGGAAAAAAAGAUUCAGAUCUAAGGAAUAUAAAGAAGUGCCGUCGACGUGACAAAGCGGUAAAAAAAUGGACGGAAAAAGAAAUUUUAAUUAUAUUAGAUUACAUUCAAGAAGCUGGAAACUUCGAGAAGCCAACAGCACAAAUAUUUUACAGAAAACUGUUAGAACAGAAGCCAUUAGACGCCACUUGGGAGUUGAUCAGGUGGAAAAUGAGAAGCCUGAAAACUUCAUUUUCUAAAGCUACAGAGUGGCAAAAAUCAACUGGUGCUGGUCUCAUGGAAACAGAAAAGGGACUUGGUACUGUUCAAGGUGAGACAACAAUUGAGAUUUAGAUACAAUUUUGUA